CAUGCUGUUCACUCUGGUUCCUCGCGUGACAUUAUUGGCGAAGGCAAAGGGCUCGUGGAAAGCUGUCGCGAGUGGCGGCGUCCCUGGCCCGAUGAUGAUGGUAGGCGAAACACGCAGGUCAUAGCUAACUAUUACCUUCCCAACGCAGCAGCCAAAACAACACAUCCGAAGAAGGAAAAGACAUAGAGGCAUACUUCGAUGGGCUCUACACUGCAAGCGCGCAAAAGCAUCAAGCGCGUAUGAGCUGCCGUCUGCUGACCCUUAGUGGCCAAGUUCCAAGUCCGGCCCAUGUUGUUUGUUGUUGGGUUCGUUUGAAACGAGGUAUUGCAUAUUGCUUGCGCUCAUCCCCUCCCUCCUCCAUGUUCCCCCGUUCCCCGUUCCAGCUCUUUUUCCCUCUCUUCCCUCCACCACACACGCCCGUUUGUCUCAAUAAUCUAUUCCAAGGUUGUUUUGGCUGAUUGCAUUCUUUGUUUACGCACGCGUGCCCAACCUCCUCGUCAGCGCACCCAUCUAGCUUGACUUGCUGCGUACUGCUUCCUUUAGCUGCCCGUCUCCUCCAACUCUCUCUCCAACGUCACUACCGCCUUCUGUUGACCAACGCGCCAACCGUUCGCACCCAACCACACCACGCGCAGAUAGUGCGCCUUCGACAAUUUCUCAGUCGCGCACUCCGGAAACCCUCGCCAAUCGCUAUUGUUUGUGUCGGCACAGUCUGCGGGCCAAUCGCGCAGAAAUCAGACGAGCGAGACCGACAUUCUUAUUGACAUACCACUUACAAGACAAGCAGCACUUUCCUGGACCUACCUCAUAACCCUCACACACGAGUUCAUACCUAUAUAAAGAUUCAAAAUGCCAGCAGUAACGCGCACUAAGACCGGGAACCUCCCCGCCAAAAUCGAGGCCACUCUUUCCCCGGCCCCAACCUCGUCCAGGAAGAAGACGACGGCCAACACGAGCAAGCCGCGCGACAAGAAAGUCGCCUCGGGACGCGUGGGCAAGACUCCCAAGGCCAAGUCGAGCACCACGACCACUACGACUACCACCAAGACCACCAAGACCAACGGCACUGGUGCUGGUCCCAAGAAGACGAUCCACAAGAAGAAGUCGCCGGCAAAGCAGGUGACGGAUAAGGUCGCGGGCAAGGUCGAGAAGGCCAAGGGCAAGAUCGAAGGGAAGCCUGGAAAGAAGGCCGCUGGUGCUAGGGUAAGCUGAUCUCAUUUCUCGUGGCCUGCCUGCCUCGUCCCCCAUCCCCCCUACGAUUGUGUUUCUUGUACAUUCUCCCGCUAUUCGCGCCUCUUCUUUUCCUCUUCCUCCUCCUCCUCCUCCUUCUCUGCCCAAGCAACCGAGCGCCAACAUACAAAACUCGAGAAGACAAAACUUUAGGCUGACACAUCCGCGCUCCCGCUUCCACAGAAGGAGAAAUCCACCACCACCAAGAAGGUCGCCGCUCCCGGCACCAAGAAGAUGACGGUGGCAGCUUAAACGCGUCAUGUUUCUUCGCCCGUGCGACACUUUCACGUCAUGGGACUUGAUGUUGUUUGCUGGGAGCUCGUUUGAUCUCCCAUUAUGCUUUUCUCUCUGGCUGGGAUAUGAUACAGCUACUGCACUUGAAAUGGACUCAAAUGAUGAGGAAAGAUGAGGCGAAAAGAAAGGAUUGCACAGGACGCGUUCACUUGGAAGGACCGUGUUGUUCCCCCCACCCUCGUCGUACAUACACACAUUUUUCCAACUUGCUGGACGUCCUUUGUUCUUGCGGAAUAAGAGGCAGUGCGGUUGGUAUCAAGGUGUGGAUUAUCUAUCCUUCCACACACCAGUGAAGCUAUCCGGCCUUCUUCCGCCUCUCUGUUUCCCUCUUUUGAUCAUGGUUGUCUGGCUUCUUUCCCCCCUCUUUCCCCGUCUUCCUCUUUCCUUGUACUUUCUGUGCUUUUUUCAGGCUACUGCUUUCCAAGUUCCUUUACUCUUCUUCUCUUUUUUUAU